AUGGACAAAGAGAAGCCACCGGUUACGGUUACAGUUACAGAAACGUUACUUUUUCUGAUGCUUCCUAAUGAUUUGCUUUUUAACUGCUUAGCCCGCGUCUCAAGAUUGUAUUACCCAACUCUUUCCCUAGUUUGCAAGAGAUUCCGCUCUCUCCUUGCUUCCCUUGAGCUUUACGAAACCCGAACUCUCUUAGGUUUCACCGAGAGUUGUCUCUAUGUGGGUUUACCCUUUUCUCAUGAAAUCCAGCCACGUUGGUUCACUCUCUCCCGUAGACCAAUUCAAGUCACCACUAAUCUUAAGCCUACUAGAUGGUUCGCUCCAUGCUUUGGACCGUUCCUUACGAACAAGGAUAAAAAAAAGUCAAGUCACCAAAAUCGUUUGGUUUUAGUCCAAUCUCGUAAUUCUCCUUGUCUGGAUAACGGUCUAGCCGCAGUCAGUUGUAAUUUCUACCUAGUUAGCGAUUCCUCCUCAAAAGUCAUGUUCAUGGACUGUCGGUCUCACACUUGGCACGAGUCUUCUUCGAGUAUGCGGGUGGCACGGUUGAACCCUAAGGUGACUGUUCUUGAUGGGAAAAUAUAUGUAGUUGGAGGCACCAGAUGUUGCAAAUCUUCGGAUUGGAUUGAGUGUUUCGAUCCCAAAACCCAUAUAUGGGAGCAUGUGCCAAGCCCUGGAGCGGAUAUAUGCAAGAUGAAUUAUCUAUUCAAGAGCUUAGCCCUUGAUGGGAAACUUUACAUAUAUGCGGAUUUAAGUCGUUUUGUGGUUUACAAGCCCAAGGAAAAUAGAUGGGAUAGACUAGGAUUGCAAGAUGUACCUUGGGGUGGUUGGGCUCUUCGUCCUUCUUGCGUGAUAGAUAACGUCUUGUACGGUUAUGGAUGGUCGAGAAAGCUUCGGUGGUACGAUAUGGAGGGAAAAUGUUUAAGAGAUAUAAAGGGUUUGAGAAAACUGCCUAAAUUGCCUAUACCUUAUUAUAAAGUUAGAUUGUUGAAUUAUGGUGGAAAGAUUGCGGUUUGGUGGGAGAAGAACGUGCGUAAAGAGAAGAUGAUUUGGUGUGUUGAGAUUGCGCUCGAAAAGCGAAAUAAACAUGAGAUUUAUGGCAAGGUUGAGUGGUGUGAUGUUGUGCUUACAGUCCCCAUAUCAUGUGAUCUUUUAAAUUCAUUUGUUGUUACGAAAUCGCUAGACGCUAGUCGGGCGGUCGGUGUAGGUCUAGCGCCUAGCGAGAAAAUCGGAGAUUAA